AAAAGAGAAAGUAUCACAUAGAAGAAAGAACGCUGGCCUCAGGUAGCUCUGGGCUGAGAUUCCAGCUAGUAGCUGUGUUAUCCCUAGGAAGGCCUGGUUUCCUCAUCUGUAAAAAUAGCACUACUGGAUCAAAUAAUUGGGUGGAUUAAUGUGUGCCACACACUGAGAUAGAGGUGUCAUCUCUCUCCAUCUGUCCAUUCACCUCAGCGUUGAAAGUUGAAAUAGAUUGAAUGAAAAUCACAAAAAGGGUAUGGGAUCCUGUAUUUGUUCUGUUAAGAGGUGGCAUAUUCCUUGGCAAAUAUAGAUCCCACCCCCGGCAAAGAAUUGGAACACUGUCACAUCGCAAAGAAUUGGAACACUGUCACAUCGCAAUUCUUCUUCUGGGUUGUAUCUGACUGAAGCACCUGCCCAAACAUAAGGAUGUUUGUUGCGUUACUAUUUGAAGAGCAAACUUACCUAAAUUAUCUGAAUGUCCACGCACUGGAAUGAAGCAAGCCUUGGUGUGCUGACUUGGACAUCUUCCCAUAAUAUUUGCUUUCUGGAACUAAAAAAUAUAUAAAAACAUAUCUAUAUUUGGGAUCUUAAACCUGCACAGUAAGAACUGUGGUAGAUCUUAGUUUUAUCUGACAGUUUCCACAUAAAUUGUGAGCACCACUGCCCGUCUCAACCACUUGGUGCCUUCUCAACCAGUUUGGCUGAUCCAGUGCCAGCGCCCAGCUCCUGCUGUGGGCGUCACCACGUGACCCUGAUCUGGCCGACCCUGUGCACAGGGAAGUCUACGGGGGUGGGAGGACGGCUUCUGGGGAAAUUGUUCUAUCCUAAUAAAAGGGAACGGAUGUGGUUGGAGCUGCCCUUGCUCCCCAUCUUCAACGGGGGCCAGGUGUUCAGAACGGCAGUGACAUUUUGUGCCCACAGGAUGCCAAGCAAGGGGCACAAUCCAGCAGACCAAGGAUGACAGAGACGAGGCAGAGAGGGGCCCCAGUGGAACCACGAACAGCCGAAUGAACGAACGCCAGCCGCCACCUCCUAGUGCACUCGUGGCCUGUGAGGAAAUAAACCCCCACGUGUAAAUUGCUCUAGGUGCUCUAUUACCUGCAGCUGAACACAUUCUAAUUGACAUAACUGUCAGGGGAGAAACCUUCAGAGAAAUGUGCAUGUUCUACUGUUUUGUGAAGUGAGAUUAUGUACGAUCGCACAACAGUUGUGUGCACGUUGAAAGGCUGGAAGGGCAGUCAUAGGUAACAAAGUACGGAGCGCCUACUAUACCAGGCCCAGCUCACUGCAGCCACUGUACAAGGCGGAUGCUUCGUGUCUCACUCAUUUGAGAGGGAGACCACUGAGGUUCCAAGGGGUUUAAUAACUUUCCCAAAUCAUGCAGCCAACAGAUAGCUGGCUUGGGACUCAGAGCCAGGCCUGGCUGGCCCUAGAGAAAGUGCUUCCACCACCGCACGCACCCGGCCAGUGCCUACUGGCUGCGCAGACGGCCACCAGCCCUAGGAGCCGUGAUCGCUGGAGAGUGGGGUGGGAGGAUGGGCUGGUGGUGAGGAGGUUUUUCUUUAUCCACUUCUUUAGUGUUUCCUUUAUAAUAAGCAAUUUCUGUUACAAAAGUGGACAUCCAGAGAUAGUGACAAAAUAACACGGGUGCCAGGAACUGUGCCAGGAAUAGAAUAGUUUUCCUCCAGAUCUGGAUCUCUGCUGUGGAUAUCCACUGGUCAUACACGCUUAUUGGAAAUAAAAAGCAUUCUGUCCAGACUUAUUCCAAACCCUGGCUACGGGGAUUCUGGGGUUGCCGUUACGUUACUAUGUGACCUAUGUCCCAGAGGAGGAGCCUGCCAGUCUGCCUCCUCGCCCUCGGGAGAGCCAGGCUCUGCAGUCGCUGUAGGUGAAUAAUCCUUUGGAGCCUGGAGUAAGAGCGUUUUAUGCGUCAUUUUUUUAUCAGCGGGGUUUCUCACCUCCCACCUGUGCCUGAGUGGUGGCUUCUUGAUAUCCUGAAAGGGGGGCUCAGCAGGAGAAGCAGCUCCUUGUUUCUGGGCAGCCCGUCCUGUUUACAGACUGCUGCGGCUCCCUGGCAGCUGCCACGGUCCCCGAGGCCAGAGGGAGUUCCUUGAGGGCCGCAGCAGUUGUCAGAGUCAUGUGUUUUGGGCCUUUUCCUUAGAGGUCCUGGCAGGACCAGCACAGAUUUCUUAUCGGCUCCCACACUGCGGAGCCACAGCCCUCAGAGGUAAGCAAGGUUUCCUGCCGGGAGAAAAGGAUUUGAAGCAUUCCAGCCACGAUGACGGACAGAAGCCCCUUCGAAACCGACAUGCUCACCCUGACCCGCUACGUUAUGGAAAAGGGGCGUCAGGCCAAAGGGACCGGGGAGCUCACACAGCUGCUAAACUCCAUGCUGACGGCCAUCAAAGCCAUCUCCUCGGCCGUGCGCAAGGCCGGCCUGGCCCACCUGUAUGGAAUCGCAGGAAGCGUGAACGUGACGGGAGAUGAGGUGAAGAAACUGGACGUGCUAUCCAAUUCCCUGGUGAUCAACAUGCUCCAAUCCUCCUACAGCACCUGCGUCCUGGUCUCAGAAGAGAAUAAGGACGCCAUCAUCACCGCCAAGGAGAAGAGGGGGAAAUACGUGGUCUGCUUUGACCCACUGGAUGGAUCUUCUAACAUUGACUGCCUGGCCUCCAUCGGAACCAUCUUUGCCAUCUACAGAAAGACCUCAGAGGAUGAGCCUUCUGAAAAGGACGCCCUGCAGUGUGGCCGCAAUAUUGUGGCCGCAGGUUAUGCAUUGUACGGUAGUGCAACCCUGGUGGCUCUCUCCACAGGGCAAGGCGUGGACCUCUUCAUGCUUGACCCGGCUCUUGGUGAAUUUGUCCUGGUGGAAAAAGAUGUCAAGAUUAAGAAGAAAGGAAAGAUUUACAGCCUGAAUGAGGGCUACGCCAAGUACUUUGAUGCGGCCACCACUGAAUAUGUGCAGAAAAAGAAAUUCCCUGAGGAUGGCAGUGCUCCCUAUGGGGCCAGGUACGUGGGCUCCAUGGUGGCUGACGUGCACCGCACCCUGGUCUAUGGAGGAAUCUUCCUGUACCCAGCCAACCAGAAGAGCCCUAAGGGCAAGGUAAUUCUCCCUUGCCCACUGGCUGUGCAUCGGGUCGGGGAGGAGGGGAGCUCCCUCCCCUCACGCCUGCUGUUUGGCUACUGCACUGCUUCAUGGCAUGUCUGUGUGGGGACGGGCAGGGGAGGAAAAAUACAGGGAGCUGUAUUUCCCUUGAGUGAGUCUCCAGGCUGUGGGAGGUUUGAAGAAGGAGGCAAACAGGCUGACGUUAUGUGACUGGUGAUUCUCACUGGUCUUACCCCCUCCAGCCUCACACCCGCCAUUCACCGGAAGCCUGCUGUGUGUCUCACUUUCCACAGGCUGCAUCUGACUUUUAGCUUCAGCACCAGCUGAUUUGGUAUCAUGGACCCCAUAGGGAGCCUAAUAAAACUUAUCAACACACUUCCCAGAACAAAUGCAUGUAAACGUACACAUUACAUACACAUUACACGUUGAGGGGGUUCAUUGAUGCCCUGAAGUCCACCCAAAUAUCCCCUAGAGAAUUUCCAAACCCUAGAAUAAGAACUUCUGCUCAGAACUCAGCCAAUAUAUCUGGAAAGGUAGUUUCUGGAAGGUCUAAUUGCAAUUUAAUGAUGCAAAACUGAAAAUACUUGUAUUAUCAAGUGAGAAUCUUAUGAUCCAGCUGUCUUGCAUAGAACCUCCCAUAAAAAUGCAUCUGAAUUUCAGCCGAUCACAGAAAUAGUAGGUAAGUAGUGAAAUCAAAUAAAGGCCUCUGUUUUCUCUGACACACCAACAGCCAGCAACACAUUUUUCUGUCUCUCAGAGUCACCUUGAGAUUCGAGUUAUUCGAAUGCUAGGAAUCAAAGCCAUGCUGAGAGAUCUAACACAGCACACGGAAGCCAGAGAGACUUCAAUAGGUU